ACAAGCUAGUGUGUAGUUAGCAGGUCUGUAAACUGUUGGAACUUUGCUGUCUGUGACUGAAGCCUGACCUCAGGCAGUUGACUGUAUCAGAUCCAGAUUGCCAUUGGCUGUUGGAUGAACAGUGCAAGCAACAUUUGAAUUCCUCUACUAUCUACAGAAAGUAGUGAAGAUCUCAAAGAACACCAGACAUUUUGGGAUUUUGUGUAUUUUUCUUGAGGUUUGGCUGUGGUGGUGUUGCUGUGUGGGCUGUAUACCAGAGAGAGCAGCUUCUACUCAUUCAGUAGUCAGGUAGAUCACAUACAGUACGAGUGUACCGAGUGUACCGGACAGCACUACACCAACCAAGAUUGUGUAUGGUGAUCCAUUGAUGCCACUGAAGUGACAGUUUGAUUGGGACCAAGUGUGAUUAUAAGUGGCAUUGUUGGCUGAGGACAGAAGCAUAAAGAACAAUGGGAAACAAAUCUUCAAGCAAGAAACUGCCAAAGGAGGAUUUGGAGUUUUUAGUAAACAACACAAAGUUCUCAAAAGCAGAAAUAAAAGACUGGUACCGUGGAUUCAUGAAAGACUGUCCGGAUGGAUUAUUGUGUAAGAGUAAAUUCUUGGAUGUGUACUCAACAUUCUUCCCUACUGGGACUCCAGACACUUUUUGUGAACAUGUGUUCCGAUCGUUUGAUAAAGACAACAGUGGGAAGAUCGAUUUCAAGGAGUUCCUGCUGGCCAUUAAUAUAACGUCUGGGGGAAAUCCUGAGGAUAAGUUAAACUGGGCCUUUAAUAUGUAUGAUAUAGAUGGAAAUGGAUCUAUUGAAAAGAAAGAAAUGGUAGAAAUUAUUGCGGCAAUAUACAACAUGUUGGGCAAUGCUUUGUGUGGACAGGAGACAGACACACCGGAGGACCGCACAGAAAAGAUAUUUGAUAAAAUGGACGAAAACAGUGACGGUGUAUUAAGCAAGAAAGAAUUCAUCGAGGGAUGUAUGAAAGAUCAGUUCCUAUAUCAAAUGUUGACAGCAGAUGCAGCCGGCAACCAAUAGACUUAAAUACAAUUUACAUUUCCAUGUACAGUUUUAUAAAUCUCCAUAUAUCUCAAUUGUUUCAGCAUUUUGAUUUUUUUUUUUUUUAUUAUUAUUUUUAAGAAAGAUUAUCCUCUUUAACCGAAGUGGCUUGUUACAUACAAAAAGUGGAUUUUUUGUACACAUACAUUUUUAUUAUGUGUGCAUUCAUUUCAUAAUUAAUAUUUGAAGUUAUAAAUUCACUAGUGUCAGUUAAAUUUUUUAAGAACAGGUAGUUUUCUAAUAUCCUUAAAGUUCUCCUUUUAAUUUACAAUGUGUAUUAUACUAAAAAUCUUUUCCCUCUUUUUGAAAUGGAGAUAUAAAAUUCUUGUCAUAUGUGAUAUUUAUAACAGGUAUUUAGCUCAUGACAUUAACAUGUAUAUAUGUUGCAGAUGGGAAAAUGAUAAUAAAAAAUGACCGAUAUAAAACUGUUGAUAAAUAGUUUUGUCAAUUUCUCCCGCGGGUUUGAGAUACAAUCAGAAUAUUUGGUAUGAGAGUUAUACUCGUUAUACACUGAUCCUAAUCACCUAUAAACCUGAUAUGUAUCGACUCUUGUAACACGUAGAACCCUGAAAUGACAAAUGUUUAGAUCAAAGUGUGAUAAUGAAAUAACAAACGGUACAAAUGGUUAUCAUCAAAGGGCCAUUUCUUGUUUACUGUUGUUUUAAAUGUAAUUUUUUAUGCAUCACAUGUUCUUUUUUCAGUGUUCUUUGCACACACCAUAGCUGUAUAUAAUUAGUAUACAUGUAGCUGUCUGUUUAUACCAUUCAACACUGCCUAUACAUUUACCCCACACAAAUGUGGCAUUAUUUAUCAUGCCACAACAUGUGGAUUUUUUUGUCGUGCCACCAUACAUGGCAUUAUUUGUUGUGUCACUACAUGUGGCAUUUGUUGUCUGAAGGUCCAGGUCAGAAAAACCAUAAUGAGUUAUCACCCUUUCCUCAGAAUACUACACACUAGAGUUGUAGUUCAUUGUUCCUAGGUAACGAGUGUAUGUGGUAGUUCAUUGUUCCUAGGUAAUGAGUGUAUGUGGGCAAAUGGGACUGCAUGCCAUCUUACUCCCUAUAAGUCAACUUUUAUUUCAUCAUAUAAUGUCAUUUUCCAUUUUUUCUGUGACAUUUACCUUUUUUUUGUCUUUUUUUUUUCAAAAAUUACAGAGAAAAGCUAUUCAACCUCAUUAUUUGCGGUACAUCUAUCAGCAGUAACAUUGUAUAUUUUGAAAAAAUAGACAAAAUAUUUGGCAAAAUAAGGCAUCUUUUUUAAUGCAACUCUUAAAAAGGAUGAAAUUUGGAAAUGUGAUGUUUUUACCCAUUUUGCCAAAAUGAAGAAUAUGUUGUGAAAUGGAUUAAAACAGAGAAUUCUAUAACUGUUUUCUCCUUUUUCGCCAGGACCGGGACAAUUUGAGAUAUUUACACAGUAUACCUACUUCUUUUAAACUGUUACACAAAUUUAUAAACCUUUGUUUGGAAACGGGGAUAAUUUUGGAGUCGCCUGAUAAUUUUACUGUGCUAGUAAGUUCUUUACAGGAUAGGAACACAACAGAUAUAUUUGUUAAAGAGAGAUGUGGACUCAUUUGUCUUUAAAUGAUCCAUGUUAAAUUAUAAGUUGAAAGAAAGGGUGUAUGCAAGUGAUUAGGAAACAUUGUAAAUACGUUACACAUUACAUGACGUGUAGUUCUUCAAAAAAAUUCAGAACAUCUUAAUUUGAUCAGAUGAAUAUAUGAUAAUGAUCUUUUUAUUAAGAAAGUUUAGAGACUGAUAUGGAUGGAUCAUGUUUGGAUGUAUUUCUUAGAAGAUCAUACAUUUUGUCGUCAUAAAUACACAUCCUCAACACUCAUGAGUUAUGUAUAAUCAUUGUUAGAGAAAGGAAAGAUAAUCAGUUGUUAAAAUGCUUGUAUGAUUUAACAAUAUAGAAGUGUCCCAUACAUAUCAGCCAUCUUAGUCCCCACCCCAAGUCUCACCCCAAGUCUCACAUACUUGUUAGUACCUGUUAUCAUCGUCUACAAAUACAAUGGUUGCAAUAUUUUACCUGUGAUAAGCCCAGGUGUCCAAUUCUUCUUUAUUUGAUAAAUAUAUGGUGAAUUUAUUUUCCUACUUACAGUAUAUAUGGUGAAUUUAUCUUUGUACUUACGGUAUAUAUGGUGAAUUUAUCUUUAUACUUACAGUAUACAUGUAUAUGGUGAAUUUAUCAUUGUACUUACGGUAUAUAUGGUGAAUUUAUCAUUUAUACUUACAGGUAUAUAUGGUGAAUUUAUCAUUGUACUUAUGGUAUACAUGGUGAAUUUAUCAUUGUACUUACAGUAUAUAUGGUGAAUUUAUCAUUGUACUUAAAGUAUAUAUAUGGUGAAUUUAUCAUUGUACUUACAGUAUAUAUGGUGAAUUUAUCUUUGUAUUUACGGUAUAUAUGGUGAAUUUAUCUUUGUAUUUAUGAUAUAUAUGGUGAAUUUAUCUUUGUAUUUACUGUAUAUAUGGUGAAUUUAUCUUUGUACUUACAGUAUAUAUAUGGUGAAUUUAUCAUUGUACUUACAGUAUAUAUGGUGAAUUUAUCUUUGUACUUAAAGUACUGUAUAUAUAUGGUGAAUUUAUCAUUGUACUUACGUAUAUAUAUGGUGAAUUUAUCUUUGUAUUUACGGUAUAUAUGGUGAAUUUAUCUUUGUAUUUAUGAUAUAUAUGGUGAAUUUAUCUUUGUAUUUACUGUAUAUAUGGUGAAUUUAUCUUUGUACUUACAGUAUAUAUAUGGUGAAUUUAUCUUUGUACUUACAGUAUAUAUAUGGUGAAUUUAUCAUUGUACUUAAUAGUAAAGAUACAUGAUAAUGUGUACUGAUACUAUAGAAUUAAUAGUCGAUAUAUCAAGGUGAAUAUAUCUUACAUGUCCUAUAAGGUGACUACUAUACAAUAGAGUAAGCCUACAUCCUACAAUAAAGUAAAGAGGUGGACUAACAUGUAACACUUAUCACAGUAAUGGUAGCAGUUUACUACUACUUAAUACCCUGUUUUGUUUCUAACAAUAUGGUUGUAUAUAAUGACGGAAUAUUUUGAUUUUUGUUGGAGAGAAUGAGGUGUACCACCCUGUAUAGAUAUAUGUGUUUCCAUGUUCCACACUGUAACUUGUACAUAGAUACACCAUGCUUAUCUCCUAAUCAUAAUCAAAUUUAAACAUGCAAUGUAUUUGUAAAUGAAAUUUUUGAAAAUGUU